AGCUGUGAGUCUCAUGCUGCCGAUGACAGACUGCGCAUCUUCCUCCCAGGGUCGCGGCUGCAGCCUUUGAACUUCAUGCGUGAUUCAUAUCGGUCGGACAGCUCAGCCGAAACCGACUGCAAGACCUCCCCGUCAGGAAUUAAUGUUACUGUCGUGCUGGAAUACCUCUGUUGUGCUUUUUCGCAUUUUUGGGCCGAUUUCACCCGGGUUUCUCUCGCCAGCGAUUUCAAAUCGAAGGCAGUGAUAGUGCCAGCUGCUUAAACUGUUGAGGCUCACUGAAUCGACAACUAAUCAUCUCCUCCCCUCCCUUCAACUGCUGCAGCUCCACUGUGAGGAUCAGACACCAUGCCGCUGAAUUCAAGUUUGUCAAGUAAAAACUAUGACUACGACUACGAUUCCAUGCAGCCGUAUUUCUACUAUGACAACGAGGAGGAGGAUUUCUAUCAUCAGCAGCUCCAGCCUCCGGCACCGAGCGAAGACAUCUGGAAGAAAUUUGAAUUGCUCCCAACCCCUCCCCUCUCGCCGAGCCGACGGCCAUCCCUGUCCAGCCUCUUCCCCUCCACCGCGGAUCAGCUGGAGAUGGUGACAGAGUUCCUGGGAGACGACGUGGUCAACCAGAGCAUCAUUUGCGACGCCGACUACUCCCAAACCUUUCUCAAGUCCAUCAUCAUCCAGGACUGUAUGUGGAGCGGCUUCUCGGCCGCAGCCAAGUUGGAGAAAGUGGUGUCGGAGAGGCUCGCCUCUCUGCACGCCGCAAGGAAGGAGUCCUCUGCCGGCGGCGACAGCGCCGAGUGCGCCGCGAUCGGCCGGCUCAACACCAACUACCUGCAGGACCUGAACACAUCCGCAUCGGAGUGCAUCGAUCCAUCGGUGGUUUUCCCCUACCCGAUAGCCGAGACGCCCAAGCCAAGCGCGAUGACACCGCCGAAGGAUCUGGCAUUGGAUACCCCACCUAACAGCGGCAGCAGCAGCAGCAGUUGUAGUGACUCAGAAGAUGAAGACGGAGACGAUGAUGAGGAGGAAGAAGAAGAAGAAGAAGAGGAAGAGGAGAUCGAUGUGGUGACGGUGGAGAAGAGGCAGGCGGUGAAGCGGUGCGACUCCAGCCCAUCAGAGACCAGGCACCCCAGCCCGCUUGUGCUGAAAAGAUGCCAUGUCUCCACCCACCAGCACAAUUACGCCGCCCAUCCAUCCACAAGGCAGGAGCAGCCGGCUGUCAAGAGGCUGAAGCUGGAGAGCAGCAGCAGCAGCAGCAGCCACAGCAGGGUCCUCAAACAGAUCAGCAGCAACCGCAAGUGUUCGAGUCCCAGGACGUCCGAUACAGAGGACUAUGACAAGAGAAGGACUCACAAUGUGCUGGAGCGUCAGAGGAGGAACGAGCUCAAGUUGAGCUUCUUCGCUCUACGGGACGAGAUUCCAGAGGUGGCCAACAACGAGAAGGCGGCCAAGGUGGUCAUCCUGAAGAAGGCAACAGAGUGCAUUUACAGCAUGCAGUCAGAUGAACAGAGACUCCUCUCGCUCAAGGAGCAGCUGAGGAGGAAAAGUGAACUCUUAAGGCAGAGGCUCGCACAGUUGCAGAGCUCUCGUGCUUGAGUUUGAAUUUAAUAGACUUUUUUUGGCCUUGUCGUGUGUACAGUUAUUGCAUGCAAAUGCAAAUGGAUUAAGUUAAUUGGAAUCUGGUUUGAUUUCAAUGUUAACUGCCUCAAUUGAAUUUAUGGAUUGAGAAAUAUUUAAAGUUUAUUUUUGUUAAUAAAAUAUUAAAAAUGGGGCUAGCCAGGUUGAGUUCCCAAACUAAAAUAUAAAUUUUUAUGUUUUGUAUAUAAUUAAUAUUUCCUAAGAAAUGUAUUUUUGGAUCUCAAUUGUCUGGAUGUUCAGACCCAGUUUUCAGUGUUCAUUAUGUUAAUAGAUUUUUUUGAAAUAUAAAAACGUUUCCCUCUU